AUGGCUGCCGAGUAUUUGCAAUUAGUGCCACAAGCACUGCAUAGAAGAGCUGUUUUCGGCAUAGAAGGGCUCGAAGGAUCAUUAUCUGGGAUGCCCAUGGCUGAAAUGGUGAAACUGCUGUUGACCUUGGGAUUCCAUGAAGAUAGGCAACAGUGCGCAACUGAUCUCGAUCCUAAAAUUGCAAGGCUCACAGAGGUAGGAGUAGAAGUCAUAACAAUUGCCACAGGCUUUGCAGCUAGACUCUUCCUUAUUGAUGCUUAG